AUGGGGUUUGUGGGCAGUGAUGAACGAAGUGGGCCGUCGUGGGAGGGGCCGUGGUGGGUGUGGAGAGGGGAGGACCCGCCCAAGCCUGGACCCUCCGGAGGGGGCGUCCGCUACUACGUGGAGCGAGAGCUCCAGCCUCACUGUCGCGCCGGCUUCCUGACCCCGAGGUGGCCCUGCGCAGUGUCGGCCGGGAAGGGCGUCCCUCUCUACGCGCUCCAGACGGCGCCCCAAACCGUGAGCUGGCACGACUCCGGGACCCCGGGCCUGCUGCCCCUUCCGCGCUCCGCGCGCUGUUCCCGGGCUGCGGACCCGAGGGGCCUGCGGGGGAGCGCGUCUGCUACAGGAUGGGCCCCCCGGGGUGGUGGUGGGGACUACCGGGGAGGGGGCGGGUCUGCCGGGCGGAGCGCCGGGCGGCUCGGCCUCUUCUACCCCGCCGAGGGCCGCUGCGGGAGCGGGAUCCCCAGCCUGCUGCGGAGUCGCCGGGCGCAGGGUAGGUGGGCGCCGGCCUGGGCGCCCCGCGGAGCCCGGACACCCGCACGACGGCCCCGGGACCUCUCAGCACCUCCCGCACUGGGGGCUCCGUCCCAGCGCUGGGCCCACUCCACAGGCGAGCGCACCGUCCGCGUAGACGGCCCCCUCGGGUUUUCUGUGAAGUCGCCUCAUGUUCUGGACUUUUUUUCUCUGGGCCCUUCGUUCAGGUUCCCUGAGGUUCUGCCUUGUCCAUUUGGUCAUCUCCCGGAAAGUUCUGAGCGUCCUCUGAGCUCACUCAUCUCCCCGGACUCUUCCAGCCCACACAUGCAGACCUUCCUGGUGAGACUUGUGGGCCUCCUGGGCAUGUCUUCAGGGUUAUUGGUAAUGGCUCAACUUGGAAGAGACCUCUCACCCAGGAUAAAUCAAACUUUCCUGACUCCCUCCUACAUGAGGAACCGCCAUGUGGGUCUAAAAGUUGAGGGCUCAAACUUCACACUAGGUGGCUUUCCUUUCCUGAUCGUCGCAGGUACUAUCCACUAUUUCCGUGUGCCCAGGGAGUACUGGAGGGACAGCCUCUUGAAGCUGAAGGCGUGUGGCUUCAACACUGUCACCACGCAUGUUCCCUGGAACCUUCAUGAGCCAAAAAGAAGCCAAUUUUAUUUUACUGGAAACCUGGAUUUGAAGGCUUUUCUAUUCAUGGCUUCAGAGGUGGGGCUGUGGGUCAUUCUGUGUCCAGGCCCCUACAUCGGUAGUGACUUAGACCUUGGAGGCUUACCCAGCUGGUUACUCCAGGAUCCAAAAAUGAAGCUGAGAACAACUUACAAGGGCUUCACUGAAGCAGUGAAUCACUAUUUUGAUGUGCUCGUUCCCAGGAUAGUACCACUGCAGUACAAAAAGGGAGGCCCCGUCAUUGCUGUGCAGGUCGAGAAUGAGUAUGGUUCAUAUCAUCUGGAUAAAAGAUACAUGUCAUAUAUUAAGAAGGUGCUGGUGACAAGAGGGGUGGAGGUGCUGCUCAUGACUGCUGAUGAUGGACAAGAACUGAUAAGAGGCCACCUGAAGAAGGUGAUUGCCACUGUCCACAUGAAGAAUAUAAAGAAAGAAACUUAUCAAAAGCUCUCUUCAGUUCAAGGUCAUAGCCCCAUACUGAUGAUGGUAUAUACAGCAAACUCUUUGGACGGAUGGGGCACUGCCUGCCAUACUCUGGAUUCACAUGUGUUAAUGAAAAACGUGCGUGAAAUGUUCAACUUGAGGUUCUCCCUCAACUUCUAUAUGUUCCAUGGUGGCACCAACUUUGGCUUCAUGGGUGGAGCUGCAUCUUUAGAUAAUUAUCUCCCUAUGGUCACCAGCUAUGACUAUGGGGCACUGCUGACAGAGGAUGGAGAAUAUACACCUGAGUAUAUUUCAUUUCAAGAGUUUUUUAGCUCUGUUAUAGAGGUUCCCAAGCCCUACCAACCAGAGUCUAGACCUAAGGCUGUAUAUAAGUCAGUGAUAGCAGCAUACUACAUAUCACUGUGGGACAUCCUGCCCUACCUGGAUGAGCCCAUCAGGUCUGCCAAGCCCAUCUGCAUGGAGAAGCUGUCUGUGAACCAAGGGAGUGGUCAGUCCUAUGGGUACAUACUUUAUGAGACUGUCAUCACCACUGGAGGCCUCCUCACCUCAAGGGGUCAUGUUAAAGAUCGGGGUCAGGUGUUUUUGGAGGAGAAGUAUAUAGGAGUCCUGGAUCAUUCCACUAAUCAGCUGACUAUUCCCAGGAAAAAUGGCCACAAGGAUUACCUGACAUUGACGAUCCUGGUGGAGAAUCAAGGCCGGCUCGCCUAUGGGCAGGAGAUCAAUAAGGAGAGAAAAGGUUUAACUGGGGAUAUCUAUCUGAACAAUUCUCCAUUAAGAAAAUUUAAAAUCUACAGCCUGGAGAUGAACACUAAAUUCCUAGAAAGGGCCCUUCGUAACAUCUGGAAACCAGUCUUAUACCAACUUCGGGGCCCUGCCUUCUUCCUCGGCAUCCUGAGAAUUGGUAAUUACCCCAAAGACACCUUCAUAAAACUGGAGGGCUGGACAAAAGGAGUAAUAUUCAUCAAUGGACAAAACCUGGGGCGCUACUGGAAUAUAGGUCCCCAGGAGACGCUUUACCUUCCAGGACCCUGGCUUCGACCUGGGUCAAAUGAGAUCAUCGUGUUUGAGGAGUUUAAACCUGGCAUAGAGAUCCAGUUCACAAACAUGUCUCAUCUAGGAUAUUGAAUCUUGAGUGGCGUGACAUAAAGUAGGAAAUUGAUUGAGCUGAGUCAUUUCAACAGUGGGGCCGUGAGUAACCUACCAGUCCUGACACCUAGGUCUCUGGAACUACCCUGGCUUUCCCGUUUAUCCCAAGCCCUGCUUGGGGUCUGCCUUCCACUUCCUAACCCACCAGUACAUUCCUCUUUUGGCAUAAGUUAGCUAACUGGUUUCUGAUGCUUAUAACAAAAUAAACCUACUCAAUGCAUACCCUUUGUCAUAUUGCUACAAUAAAAGCUAU